CGGAAACCAUAUAAAACGGCUGCUCAGAUGAUGCAAGAAUUCAAUUCCAUCUUUGACUUCUCUGACAAGCUGGGCAACAUAAUAAAGGAAGGAACCCUCUGGCCAGCUGCAUUUCAUAGUAGCCAGGGCAAAGAAAACAACAACAGAAGGUCUGUUGGAGCCGUGUGCAUCCUACUUUUGCUAGGACUGUCACAAGAGGUGGGAGCCAUGCCCGUAAAUGCCCACUUGCCCUUCUUUAUCCUGGCGCUACUGCUGUGUGCCUAUGUCUGCCAUUCUCCUGUAUCAGCUGCUACUGUCCAUUUCAAGGAAGGGGAAAGUUGCUACAAACCAAUGCCACACAGGAUUCAAGGAGUCAGAACUUACUCUCGUCCACAUGAAUACCUGAACAUGUCAGAAAUCCCCAAGAAGUGGGACUGGCGAAAUGUGAACGGCGUCAAUUACGCAAGUCCUACUCGCAACCAGGGUGUCCCACAGUUCUGUGGGUCUUGCUGGGCUCAUGCUGCCACCAGCGCCCUGGCCGACCGCAUCAACAUCAAGAGAAAAGGGGCCUGGCCUUCUGCUUUUCUCUCAGUUCAGCAUGUUGUGGAUUGUUCUCGUGGUGGGUCUUGCAAGGGUGGAAACGAGAUGCUCGUGUGGAGAUAUGCCCAUCGCCAUGGCAUCCCGGAUGAGACAUGCAGCAAUUAUGUAGCUAAGGAUCAAAAGUGCAAGAAGUUUACUAAAUGUGGGACCUGUGUUAUCUUCAACAAAUGUUAUGUGGUAAAGAACUACACCCGUUGGAAAGUGGGAGAUUAUGAAUAUAUCAGUGGGCGAGAAGAUAUGAUGAGAGAAAUCUAUGCAAAUGGACCAAUCAGCUGUUCAAUUAUGCAGACUCCAAAGCUGGAUGAAUACACAGGAGGCAUUUUUACUGAAUACAAUGAGACAGCAAUGGCAAACCACGUUGUCAGCGUUUCUGGCUGGGGAGUAGAAAACGGAAUCGAAUACUGGAUUGUCCGCAACUCUUGGGGAGAGCCCUGGGGGGAACGCGGCUGGUUUAGAAUUGUGACGAGUGCAUAUAAAAAUGGAAAAGGCAAUAACUUCAACUUGGGUGUGGAAGAAGACUGCAGUUAUGGAGACCCCAUCAUACCUUGAACCUGCAGUUGAGCUGUCUUUGCAUGCAUGUCUUCUGAAAGAAAUGUUCUUUUUCUUUCCUUAAGUAAGAUUAGCUUUUCAGCUGUGCAAAUAGCAAUACUAUAAUAGCUUAGAGACACAUGAUUGUUUAGUUGCCUUUUACACGUCCAGUGUAAGCUCAUUUCCACCCCAAUCUUUUUUCUAUAUGCUUUCCAAAUAUAGCUCUUUUGCAUUUCAUGA